AUGCUGAUCUUGACAAAGUGGAAUCUACAGAGCACGAUACAGAAGACAGUCACGGGAGCAACUCGCGCUGCUGAUGUUGAUAUUCUACUUUCGAUUCCGAUGUUUCUCAGACUGUAUCUGAUAGCACGAGUGAUGCUUCUACAUUCCAGACUUUUCACCGACGCCAGUAGCAGAAGCAUCGGUGCGCUAAACAAGAUCAACUUCAACACCAGAUUCGUAAUGAAGACGCUGAUGACGAUUUGUCCGGGGACUGUUUUAUUAGUUUUCUCUAUUUCGCUGUGGAUCAUAGCCGCUUGGACAAUUAGAGCCUGUGAGAGGUACCACGACAGUCACGAAUCGAUUUCAAACUUUCUCUCUGCAAUGUGGCUAAUUUCGAUCACCUUUCUUUCGAUUGGAUACGGAGACAUGGUUCCCAACACAUACUGCGGGAAGGGAGUUUGUCUGAUGACAGGCAUCAUGGGAGCUGCUUGUACCGCCCUUGUCGUCGCGGUGGUGGCACGAAAGCUAGAAUUGACGAAGGCGGAAAAACACGUUCACAACUUUAUGAUGGACACGCAGUUGACAAAGCGGGUAAAAAAUGCAGCUGCGAAUGUGCUCCGCGAAACAUGGCUAAUUUACAAAAAUACGAAGCUCUCGGACAGAGUCGACACAACUCGAGUCAGAAAACAUCAACGAAAAUUUCUACAGGCUAUCUAUCAGCUGCGGACGUACAAAAUGGAGCAGAGAAAAUUGAAUGAUCAGGCUAACACUCUUGUGGAUUUCGCCAAGAUGCAAUUACGAGUGUCUGAUCUGCUCAAUGAUCUCCACGAACGGACAGAUAUCGUCGAAGAGAGGAUAGAGCGUAUGGAAAGCAAGAUGGAGAGCUUACAGGUAAAUCUUGACCGUCUUCCUUCGAAAAUCGCUGAUUUGGUGGCGCUCAAACUCGCCGAGAAGCAAACAGAAAAAAUACAAUCCCAAAGUUCACCAAGCUGA